GUAAAUAAGACGCUUAUUAGUAUGGAUCGUGAAAGACGCAAAGCCAAUUUGAAAAAAUUACAAUUACCGAGCACGAAAGCCCAUCAAAUACGAGAAUGCUCGAACACAAACACACCAACGACAACAAGCACACUAAGCUAUUUUACUACACCGGAAAAGCAAAAGCCUCGCCCAAUUAAUGAAGUAUUCAAAGGUUCUCAUCAGUCUUUAAAUGAAGAUAACGCCAUUUUUUCAUGCAAUCGUCCUAAGCGUACGAAAUUAGAUACAUUUGUGGUCAGAGAACCCAAACAACCAAAUACCCCACUUAAACCCAGCCCAUUGAAAGUCAAAGUCGGUAUUAAUGGAAAUGAUUUCGUAGAACCUUUACAAAAAAUUAAAAAGGCUCCGGAACCGAUUAAAUCAAAACGAACUGCGAGAAAAUUUAAAGGCAAUAAGAAACAAGCUUCCAUUAAAUCGGCAUUUCUGCGGAAUGAACAAAUGUUUGCCGAGAUUGCUGCACAGCAUUGUGCAGCCGAGCAAUUUGAUGGUGAAGAAAUACAAUUAGCUUUAGCCAUUUCUCAAUCGGAAGCCGAAAGUAAGUGUUUGCUAUCAGGUGAAGAUGAUGACAGAGAAUCGAAUACGGAAUCUAUUAAAAAAAAACUAGAAAAAUAUGGUUUCCGCACGGCAAAUAAACAAGAUUAUACCAGCUUUGCUAUGGCCUUUACAACGGCGAACGAUGGGCGCAGACAAAAACGUCGUUGGGCCAAUAAAUUUACAUCUUUGACUCUACGUAAUACCGAGAUUCAACGUAAAAAAAUACAAAACAACAUUGAUUCUCUUCUACAGCGACAAUUUCAACAAAAAAAUGCUAAGGAAACACAAGAAUUAUCUCAAUCCACCUACUCUGUCCUAAGUGAUUUAUUAAAACGUAGUCAUUGCAAAACUAAAGAUUUGCUACGCUGCAACGCAAUCACUGCCACUGCAAAAACAUUCGAAGAUUAUUUUGUUAAGGAAUUAUUUGAAGUUAACGUAUUUCCAUCGAAUCGCUUAUUAAAGGAUUGGUCAGCCAUACAGGGACGUGAUUUGUCACCAACGCCCGAACAAAGGGAAAACAGAGAGGCCCAGAAUUUAAAAUUACAAAGCAUUUAUAAUGAAUUGGAAAUAUAUUUUAGUCACAGCCGAUCGAAGUGCGAACACAUCGGCGAUGUAUCGGUUAAGAAAUCUAAUAAUAAUAAAUCUCCUAUCGACACAAGUCAGUUGAAAAAUGCAAUCGAUUUGGGUGAAAAGCAGAAAGAUGCGAAAACGUCAUCAAGUGAUUCCAUGCUUUUGAAUACUGCCGACAGUGUCAUUCAAAAUCUAAACACGACAAUAAAAGAUUUAAGUUUAGCGCUAGCAAAGGAGACUUUAAACAUUGAGGCACAGACAAGCAAACAUCCAAAAUCUCCCGACUUGUUUGCAGAUUCAGAUUCUGAUGUAGAAAUAGAAGACAGAUCAAAGGAUAUUGUAUCGGCCGCAGAAUCGGAGCAUGUGAACGAUUUACUUCGCAAAGAUAAUAAUAGUAGGUCUAUGGAGAACGUUGACGAGCUUAUUACAUACGAAAUUUACACAAGUGACGAAGUAAAGACUCCUUCAUUGAUGCCGCUAUUUAAUACUACGACAUAUCAUACAUUGGAAUACGACUUGAAUGACAUAAAAGACGGAUUUAAAUCAGUUUAUCAUAAGCCCCAAAAUAUAAGUAGAAUCGUAGAAGGAACUGAUUGGUUUGGAACGACUGAAUCGGAGAACAAAGAGGCAUCUUUUAAGCACCUUCUAGUUAUGGAUACCUUAGAUAAAACUAAGAAAUUGCCAGAGUUUACUUUAAGUGUGGAAACUGAAAAUCGUCACUUGGAGAAUGACGAGGAAGCACUAAAUAAAAGGGAUCAAAUUUUAAAAGACGAAUCUUUUAAGUUUGCCGUAGACUUGGAAUCAAACAAAUCACCGGAAAUCGAGUUUAUGAAUGAGGAUAUGUGCAAUGGACAGAAUGAUGAUGAAAUUUUCCAAGAAUUAAAACGAAAAUAUCUAAAUAUUCCAAACACUGACGAUAGCUCCUGUAUCAUCAACCCUAAUAGCAACUUAAGAAAGUCUCUUUCCUUCUCACUUAACACACAUGCAACACCAAAAACUGAAAAUUUUCAUAAAACAAAUUCCUUCAAUUUGCAAGUUGACAAGAGAAUAAACGAAUCAGAGAUAUAUAUUGAUUUGAGUCAAGAUGAUGACGCUGAAAAUGAUAUUGACAGUGAUGAAUGCUUGCUAUUGUCGGAUGAUGAAAUCAAUUAUUCGAUAUGGAAAGCGAACCGAGUUGGUGACAACUUCGAUGAAUAUGAAACAACGAUGAAAAAGUCUUCAGUAUUGGAUUAUCAAGAAAACGAUGCCGAUAGUGAUAAGCCACAAACAUCUCAGAAUUCAUUUUUCGAGUCGGAAUAUAAUAAAGAUUUUUUACGGGAAAAUGUUUUACUUGAUAAUGAGCCGCUCGUCCCCACGCAAACUGAGGAAAUAUUUGAUUUUUCAUUUUCGGAAUCGUCUAGCGAAAAAUCAAUACCCUCUAAAUAUUUUAGUCAAAAUUUUGACAAAAAAUUCAAAAGCCUAUCGCCAACCAAUGCACUACAAACCGAGUCCGCCUUAACACCGGCGUCAUAUAACGACGAUUUUGGUGAGUUCGAUUUAUUGCUUGAGGCAGGUCCAUCUAAGUCUAUGCCAGUACCUAAAGGUAUAGAUCAAUUAUUAGAAGGUGAGAUAUCGUAUUUAAAGGCACAAGAAAAAACACCUGAAGACUUGGAAAUUUUCAACGAAUCACUCACUUUUGAUUGCCAAGAGUUGGAAGUGAAUGGGAAAACGUAUACGGUACGUGAAGUCGAAAGCCCCAAACCAGAUUUUUCUACGUUAACAGAGACUGAAUUAUUAAAUCGUUUAUAUGGUUACGGUAUAAAACGUUUAAAACGAAAACAAGCGGUAAAAAUCUUAGAAUAUAUUUACAAUCAAACUCAUCCCAUAAUAGACUAUGAAGAAGAAAAUAUAAUAGAAAAUUUCAUCGAUAUUCCAUUGAAUUCUCCAAGCAAGACCAAAGCGAAACAAAUUACUUCAAAUCCUGAUUCAAUCAGCAAUAACAAAACGAACAUAUCGGAUGGUUCUGGUAAACGAAUGCUCCGUUAUAACAAUGAAUUAUUAAAGGCUGAACUUAUAGAUGAAGAAUAUAUAUUGCAAACCAAUGUUACUAAAAAGACAGCACAACCCUUACUGCCCUUCCAUAUUGCCUGGUAUAAUUUGUUGUGUUGCAAUCACAAUUUACACGAAAGCAUUUUAAUGUACGAGCCAAUCGAUUUACAGAAAAUUUAUUUAUUUCUGAAAGAGUUGGGGUAUCGUUACGAUCCUAAGGAUCUGAAAGCAUUUUUUGAUCGACGUUGCAUUAUAUUUCGCUAUGAUUUGUCUCCACCAGGUGUUGGAGGUGCCAGCAAUCGAGAACACCAACGUAAUCGUCACACACGCAAAAAUAAAUCAUAAAAAUUUAAGUUAAAUUCUUUUUUACUCGUAUUA